AUGGCAAGUAACAUGACCACUGCUGAGGCGACUGUGAUUGGUGCAAAGACUUUAUGGAUCGGUGAUGUAGAACCCUGGAUGGAUGAAAAUUACAUGGCUGGUUUAUUUGCAGGAAUAGCCUCGGUUUAAUCCGUUAAGUUGAUUAGGGAUAAGUUGAAGGGGACUCCUGUAGGUUAUGGAUUUAUUGAAUUCCCAAAUCAUGAGGUCGCUAAAAAUGUAUAUCUGACUUUGAAUGGAUCUCCAAUACCAGGGACUACAAGGUGCUACAAAUUAAAUUGGGCAACACAUGGUAAUGGAGGUCUGAAGUAAGUGCCAGCUACCACUGUUACAGCUUAGCCAGGACCAAAUACUGCUCCAAUAGCUUAGGGGGAUUUCUAAAUCUAUGUAGGCGAUCUUGAUCCAAACGUAAAUGACUAACUUUUAUUGGGAGCAUUUAACAAAAGAUAUCCAAGUGUUUUGCAAGCUAAAGUUAUAGUUGACCCCGUAUCAAGAUAUUCCAAGGGCUAUGGAUUUGUUAAGUUUGGAAACUAAGAGGAAUCUUAAAGAGCUAUUGUUGAAAUGCAAGGGAAGUAUUUAUUCAACAAACCAAUGAAAAUUAAUAAUGCAAAUGCUAUACAAAGACGUGAAGGACCUGGAGGAGGUGGAUCUGGAGGUGGUGGCGGUGGUCAUUCAUAGCAUCCUCCUGCUUAUAACAAUCCUCCACCGUAUGGGUACCCUCCUCCUUAAAUGGGAGGAUACUAUGGAAUGCCUCCACCAGGAUAAGAUUACUAUUCAUAAUACUAUUACCCACCACCUCCUCCCUUUGGAGUUCCACCACCAGGAGCUUAUCCACCUCCCUAUGAUCCAUAUGCUAUGCCUCCUGGAGGAUAUUAUCCAUCUCCUAUUCCUCCAAUUCAAUAAAAUAUCCAACCUUAGCAAUAACCACUAAUUCAGUAAUAACAUUAAUCACCAACAUAAAUCACACAAACAUAGCCUAAGCCUGAUUAUAAUACUUAACAAUAAACAUAGUAGUAAAAAACUCAACCGAAUCCAGAAUAAUAAUUCCAAUAAAAACCAUAGAAUUUACCAUCUUAAAAUAUACAACCGCAAUUUAUUCCUGGACCAUAAGGCAUUCCUCCUCCAUAUUAUGCUCCACCUCCUCAUUUGAUACCUCCUCCUUAUGGAAUGUAUCCACAGCCAAUGGGUAUACCGCCAAUGAUGCAAAAUAUGCCAAGAAAUCCUAAAUUUGAUUAGCAGGAUUACUCUUCCACUGGCCAAUAGUAAAUACCAGGCUAAAUUGGAUUCUCUUAACCACCUGCUGGCAAAUAAAUAAAAAAGAAUCAAAUAAAGUUCACAUCAGAGGAAAUAGAUCAAAUGAAUAAAGAAUUCAUGAAAGAGAUUAUUGAAAAACCAGAGGUAAUGUAUCUUUACUGA